AUCAAUCAUGAUAUUUCAGAGACUGUAAUGAAGAAAAUGAUGGAAGCAUGUGAGGGUUUUUUCAACAUGAGCGAAGAGGAGAAGAAAGAGUUCCAAGGGUCUAGAGACGUGUUGGACCCUAUCAAUUGGGGAACCAAUUUCAAUUGCAAUACAGUUGGCAAGAAAUUCCUUAUUUGGAGGCAAUUUUUGAAGCUUUAUGUUCAUCCUCAAUUCAAUUCCCCUUACAAACCACUUGGUUUCAGUGAGGUGGCAGAAGAAUAUUGUAAAAGAACAAGAGAAAUAUGUAGAGUGUUAAUGAGAGCAAUGUCUGAGACAUUAGGGUUGAAACCAGAUUGCUUAGAGAAGGCAACGAAUUGGGAUGAAGGAUUUUAUUUGUUGGCUUCAAACUAUUAUCCAACUUGUCCAGACCCUGACCAGGUUAUUGGACUCCCACCUCACACUGACUCAGGCCUCAUGAAUCUUCUGGUCCAAAACGACGUCGGAGGACUUCAAAUCCUUCACAAAUCAGGAAAAUGGGUUCAAUGGAAAGCCAUGCCUAACACCAUUAUUGUUGACCUUGGUGAUCAAAUGCAGAUCCUUACCAAUGACCUGUACAAGAGCGUGACACACAGAGCAGUGGUGAACAACAAAAGCACAAGAAUAUCAAUAGUGUCAGGACAUGGACCAGCAGUGAACGCCAAGGUUGUACCAAUACCAGAGCUUUUAGAAGCAUUGGGCCAAGCCCCGGCUUAUCCAGGGAUUCCAUACAAUGAAUACUUGCAACUUCAACGAACCUCCCACUCUUUCCUCAAAUCCACUCUCGACAUAAUAAGAUUGGAAUCAUAAUCACAAUCAUAAUUCAACCCACUUCAUCGAUGAUCACUACUUCCAUCGUUAUUACCUUAAUUGGUUCAAUAUAUACAUAUAUUUUUAUGCUUUUCUUGUUGUGAAAAAUAAUCAUGAAUGCAUGGUUGUCUGUUUGAAAUAUAUAGUCAUUUAUUUGAUGUAAUAAGAGUGGACAUGAUUCAUGACCAAGCUAGAGUGAGUUGUAUUAUGUAAUAUUAUAAGUCUUUUGUGUGUUAUAAUAAUGGAAAAUUUGC